CUAAAUCCAUCCAUUUCAUCGAAACAAAAGAAUUGAGGCACAAAAUUAGCUCCGUUGGAUUUAUGAAAUGCCGAAUCCGAUUACGAAGUCGUCGCCGACACCGGCGAAACGCCGGCUCCAAUAAUUGAAGAAACCGCUUUAUCUCGCCGAGUUUAUCUUACAAUUUCCACAACCAACGGAGCGCCUCAUGCCGCCACAUUUCUUCGUCUCUCUCCCUGCUCCCUCCCUCUCCCUUCUCCCUCCUCCCUCCACCACCAUUUCUCUCUCCCUCUCCUCUCUCUCUCCUCCUCCUCCUCCUACGAAUCGUGGAAGAACCACCACCGUCCGAUCCUCCAUGGAGGACCGGCGCCGAUCCAGGGUCUCCCUGUUCCCUCCCCUCCCGCACCGCGAUCUGAUGCUGGACGUGAUCUCCGCCGUCGACUCUCGCCUCUCCCCCCACCUCCUCCCCUCCUCCGUCCCCUCCGACGUCCUCUCCUUCCGCAACCCCACCGGCUCCUCCCUCGGCUCCCUCGACAUCCGCCGCGGCUCCCCCGCCUCCUCCGUCGACUUCAUGCUCGAGUCCUGGCUCCACUGCAGGCUCCCGACCGGCGCUCUCGACAUCACCACCCUCCUCGCCUUCCUCAACGGCUCCACGGACGCCCCCCACCUCAUGAUGGAGCUCAUCCAGGCCAGCCCGACCGCCCUCGUCCUCCUCCUCGACCUCCUCCCGCGGAAAGACCUCCCCCUCCACCAGCACUACCUCGACGACUUCUACCACCGCACGCAGCUCGACAGACAGCGGCAGCAGCUCGAAUCGCUCCCGCAGGUCCGUCCUUACCGCUCGCCGUCCCUCUACGUCCGGAGCAUCUUCUCGCCGACCGCCGUUGCGGUCGCCGUCGAUUGUGGAGAAGGCGCGGAGAGCGUCAUGGAGGACAUUGUGCGCGCUCGGCUCGGCAGCGUCGCCCGGGAGUACGUGCGAGUGUGGUCGGACGAGUGCGCCUGCAGCACCAAGCAGAUGGAGGCGUCGGAGACGGCGCACAUGCGGAGGAGAGACGGCUUGAUUAAAGCCAAAGCUAUCGAGAUCGAUUUGUCUGCCAACCUUCCGAGGCUGUUCGGCCCCGACGUUUCGAACCGAGUCGUCGCCGAAAUUCAGAAGGCCUUCGGGGAGCAGAGGUAACCGCCGGAAACUGUACUUGUAAUAACGUUUAUGGCAAGAACGAGAAGAACAAAGUAAGGAAGAGAAAUCAACAGAUUAUUUAGCAGUACGUAUAUCGAUGUUAUGCAUUGGCAUAUAAUCCGAGAUUUGGCCAUCUCAUCUCAUGAUGAGAUAAUAUAUAUAUAUAUAUAUAGAGAGAGAGAGAGAGAGAGCUUAAAAAAAAAAGGAAAAAAAAAGAAAAGAGAAAAAUAAUAGAAAAUGCUACUAAGGGCGAUAAGUAUCUCAAAGCCUCCUGCGAAAUCAGUCAUAGAAAAUUUUUUAAUUUCGCUCUCACCGAAUGGUCUAUCUAAAAAUGACGAUCGUUGUUAA